AUGCGCGUUAAUACUGUGAGCAAAGCGCCCCUGGGCCUCCUGGCCCUGUAUGCUACGUCGGCAUCUGCCUUUUGGCGUAUGAUGUGUCCUAGUCGCCUUGUCCAACAGCGUGCCGACCCUAUUAUGAGCCCCGGCGAGGUGGCCGGACAUGUGCACACCAUUUCCGGAGGAAAUGGUUUCAAAUUCGACAUGAACUACGACGACGCUCGCGGCGGAGACUGUUCGUCGUGUCCUAUCAAGCAGGAUCUGUCCAACUACUGGACUCCCAAACUCUACUAUCAUGCCGAGAACGGCAGCUUUAUCAGUGUUCCCCAGAUUGGCGACCAGUGGGAGAACACCGGAGGAAUGAACGUGUACUACUUCCAACGUGGCGGUCCCAACCAGGAAGAAAUCAAAGCCUUCCCCAAGGACUUCCGUAUGGUCGCUGGAGACCCGUUCAAGCGCAGCUUCGACGAUGACGCUGCCUCCCAGGCCGUGAGCUUCGUCUGUCUCGACUAUAACGCUGAGCCAAAGCCCGAAAUCAACGAGUUCCCCAACGAAAACUGCCCCGACGGUCUGCGCAUGCAGGUUUUCUUCCCCAGCUGCUGGGAUGGUGAGAAUCUGGACUCGGAUGACCACAAGUCUCACGUCGCCUACCCCGAGGGCAACUUCAAUGACGGCUCUUGCCCCGAGAGCCACCCUGUUCAUCUCGUCUCUAUCUUCUACGAGGUCCUCUGGAACACCGGCGUCUUCGCGGAUCAGUGGUACGGCGACUCGCAGCCCUUCGUCCUGGCGAACGGUGACCCCACUGGAUACGGAUUCCACGGUGAUUUUAUCAACGGCUGGGACGUCGACGUCCUCCAAACCGCCAUCGACAAGUGCCUGAACCUCAGCGGCAACCUCGAGGACUGCGUCGACGAGAACGGCACGCCCGUCUUCGAGUUCUUCUCGGAUGAAGAAUGCCAGGCCUGCUCCGUCCCCAACCUUGUCGACGAGGACAUCGACGGAAUCUUUGAGAACCUGCCCGGCUGCAACCCCCUGACUGGCGGACCUGACCGUGCUGAACCCCAGGAGUGUGAUAAGCCUGCUCUUCUGGAGGCGCCGGCUGAGAAACGCAAGCGCCAGCAGCAUGAGCAUCUUGCUCGUCACCGUCACGGUGCUCACCACAAGGCGUAG